AUGACCCAGGUUCUGGCGGACGCUACUGAACGUAUGUACGAUGUGGCGCCGACCUUUCACAUCUCCAUCCAGUAUAGCACUCACGCUAACCCCCGUUUGAACAACUUCGUCCGAAUUCCACUUGAACAUGUUCGUGACCGGCCAUUAGGAGGUAAAAGGCAUGGUAAAAACCCAGAGCAAGAAGGUCCCUUCAGGAACAACGCUCCUAUCGAUACACAUAGAGAGAAGAUGAUUGUAGACCUGGAUAACCAAAGGCCACGGAAAGGAGGCCUCAGGGGCCAUAUCAUGGUAAGGUGCAGCUACUUCAAGAUUCAAAUCAGUCCCAGCCAUUUGGCGACUCGCUGCGUCCGAGACAAACCCAUCCAAGGGGGAAGAGGGGUGAAGAGGCUAGAGGGUCAACCGGUCACCAGUCCGACUUUACCUUCGGUCAACAAUGCCGGCGACGAGACCGAGUGUUUGGCCGUCGAACUCGAGGUUUUCUGGUUUUUGCCAGUCGGUCGGGCGAGGUUCACGUCAAUGAACGAUACACGAGCAUUUGCUGGAAGACGCAAAGAGCUACGGAUGCUCGGAGCUGGGACAAGUCAGAGACAUCGAGGAAUUGGACGCAAGAUGAGAAACGGGUCACCCAACGCGGCUACAUUCGAUACCCAAGACAAACAAGGUGUCCACUCGCGUAUGCCGACGUUCGUCACCCGGCUGCCUCGACUCUUCACAGCAGCCCAUGCCCUCCUCACGAAAAUAUCACGGCUAGAAAGGGGUUGUGGUCAAUGA